UAGACAGUUUGAAACCCUACGUCAGUUACUAGACAGAGCACGGCAGUUUAACAGUGACACAACACAAGGAUCACCAGUCAGGCCACAUAAGUGACACUGAUCUGGCCACGGAGGGGUGUGUGUGCUGCCGAUCAGAUUACGGUAGUGCCGAUCUUCUAAUCAGACCACGGCACGCAUGGAGGACCUGGUUGAACACAGUCAGGUGCCGCCUGUCCAUGUACAGUCCCUUGUUGACGCUUUGUUCUUCAUGGUGUACGUAAUGAUGAGGACUUAUAUUCUGUUGGGUUACGUGCUGGUUACCAUCCCCAGCAUUCCUGCCACUCCCGUGCAUCGUCAGCCACACCAGCAGCACACCAACACAGGAUCUCCUGGCGUACCAGAGGAGGUUUUCUGGGGUAAGCAGUGUUCUCCUCGCCAGGUGAUAGUUCGUCUGCAGCAGGACACUGUCCUCCAGUGUGAAGUCUUCGCCCCUACGGGCACAGUGCUCACCUGGUACAAGGACCACACUCUGCUGGAUGGUAAGAUGGGUACGGUCCAGGAGAGCAUUUCAUCUCUGGAGCGGUCCACCGCUAAGGUCCACCUCUCCUCCGUCGUUUACAUCGACUGCGCCUCCUUCGAGGACCAGGGCGAGUAUCACCUGGAGGUGCGCUCCCCGAGUCACCAGGUCUACUCCAGGUAUUUCACCGUUAACCUCACAGAGAACGAGGAUCUGCCUGGGAGAACGUGCUGGAUCAGUACGGAGUCUAUGAGGUUGAUCCCACGGAUAUACCAGUACGCCAGGCAGGCGAUAGGUGAACCUGGCAAUGAUGUGCUCCUUCCGUGUCGCCUGCGUGGUCAUCUUAACUCCAUGUCCACCACCUGGUUGUUCAAGGACACCCAGGUCACCUCCCGUCACGCAAAGUAUAAGGUGUUGGCUAGCGGAGACCUGCUGGUGCGAAGUCUACGACCGGAAGACAGAGGUGUUUACACUUGUCAAGCCUACAGUAACAAAUUGCCUGGCUUUAUUGACCAAGUCCACACCUUCGUCUACCCUCUGGACUAGGCUUGUUGGGUGGCUGCAUAUCCUCUGGACUAGUCUUCUGGGUACCUGAGUAGCCUCUGGGCUAGGUGUGUGGGUACUUUUGUACUCUCUGGACUAGGUGUGCGGGUACUUUUGUACUCUCUGGACUAGUCUUCUGGGUACCUGAGUAGCCUCUGGGCUAGGUGUGUGGGUACCUACUUACCCUCUGGACUAGGUGUGUGGGUACCUACGUACCCUCUGGACUAGGUGUGUUGGUACCUACGUACCCUCUGGAUUAGGUGUGUGAGUACCUACCUACCCUCUGGACUAGGUGUGUGAGUACCUGCGUACCCUCUGGACUAGGUGUGUGGGUACCUACUUACCCUCUGGACUAGGUGUGUGGGUACCUACCUACCUCUGGACUAAGUAUGUGGGUGCCUACGUACCCUCUGGAUUAGGUGUGUGUGAGUACCUACCUACCCUCUGGACUAGGUGUGUGAGUACCUGCGUACCCUCUGGACUAGGUGUGUGAGUGUCUACUUACCUUCUGGACUAGGUGUGUGGGUGCCUACAUACCAUCUGGACUAGAACUGUGCGUACCUACUUACCCUCUGGACUAGGUGUGUGGGUACCUACGUAUUUUCUGGACUAGGUGUGUGGGUACCUACCUACCCUCUGGACUAGGUAUAUGGGUACCUACAUAUCUUCUGGACUAGGUGUGUGAGUACCUACCCACCCUCUAGACUACGUCUACCUUAAGAAAACUUAUAAGUCGACAGGCUUUAAACCUAAGUUGCUGUUGGGGUAUAUAAACAUACACAAAUAUAUCUCAGUGUAUAUACACAGUAUCUCAGUGGAUAUUCUCAGAGCUCACUUGAGUCUUUAUCAUAGUCGUGAGAGUAUGUUUAUUUGUUACUUUAAUAACUAAAAGUGAAUUAUAGUCAUAAUAACUGAUAAUCGAUAAUACAUAAACUUUACAAAGUGACCUAAAGUUAAGGUAAUCAGCGACUGAUACUUGACUUAACACUAACUUUAAGUUGGUUUCAAAUUGAAAAUUGAUGUUUUAAAUUAGUUAUAAAUUGAGUUUCAAUUGUUUUA